AUGGCAGCAGAAGUCACUAGCAAGAUGUUUGUUAUCAAGCGAGGUGAGUUAAAAGACUCGAAAUCUCAAAAUGUUGACGAUAUGCCUCCGUUUACAUCAGCGCGACCUUGGCCAUAUUGUGCUGUAUUCUGUUUCUCUUCUCUAGAUGGGCGAAAGGAGAACGUGAUGUUUGAUAAGAUAACAUCGAGGAUAAGCAAGCUAUGCUACGGACUGAAGGAAGACUACGUUGACCCGGUAAGGCGAACUAUCAAAAUAUGUUUAUAGGCUUCGAAUUAUGUUGGCGCCAAAAUCAAACAAAGGCUAUCGGCCAAAACGAAUUUUUUCUUUCGUAUUUCUCCGGUAUUAUAGAAUGUGUAUACACUACAGCACGAAUUCUUGUUUUCCAAGGUUUAAACAGCCUGAUUUAUUCAUUUUUCUCGAUAUUCUUGCCAAAACCAUAGAUUUCGUUUGGCGCCAUAUUUUAAUUUAUAGUGUGGUUCGGUUGUGCAUGUUGAUCUGCCAAGAAAGUUAGAAUGCACGAAAAGCUUACUCCUUAAAAAGACAUGUACAAUAAAUACAUGAUUCAAAUUAUCGUAUUACUUUGUGGUUAUUUUCUUCAGUUUAUAUGUUGAAUUUAUAAACAUUCUCUGCCUCAAAGUAUACUGGGCCUUGUUGACUCUGUAGUGCUUUCUGCUCUGUGCUCUUUCUAUUGCACCAAUCAUUUCAAACCCUCAACUGCCGCUCUCACCUAUCUUGGGCAUAUCUGUGCCAUUCACUUACUAUGUGUGAUAAAGUUAGUGAAUUCCUCAGUCUUCAGGGGAAAACAGCAGGGCGAAUUCCCCCUGCCCUGUCAUUCUGUCAUGGAAUUAAAAUUUUCACAACAGUUUUUAAAUUUUCUGGUGGGCUGACAGUAGUCAUUUUCUUGGUGGCGCAUAUGGGUUAAAGCUAAGUUAAAUGUGAGCAUGUUUGUUAAGGGUGACAAUUGUGAGUUUGUAUCUCAGAGGACUAAUUUAUUUCUAAAAUAAAUUGGGAUUAAUAGGUCGCAACAUUCCUACUUGUAUAUAAAAUCUAAUGAAAAAACCCCAAAGGGUAAAAAUAAGCAAAGAAAACAGAUAUACUUAUAGAUCUCUUUUGCCAAUCAGUUUUGUAAAGUCGCUAACACACAGGGGUCGUCUACAAAUUUCGUCCUCCGAUCGAGAACUUGUUACAUGAUGUUCACUCCCUACAUCCUGACAAACAUGGGGAUUUUGGCCAUCUACCCUUGACAGUAUUAGAAUGCCAUUUUGACAACGAAUGUAAACCCAUACAUAAACAAACUAUUUUAAUAAAUGUUUAAAUAUUGUUUUGUGGUGAACUAAGGGCUAUUUGUAAAAACCUAAAAAGAAAUUAAAUAAAUACCUUUUAAUUUUGUGACCAAAAAUGCGAAUUUGAACGAAAAUCCCAAAUGAAGUUUACAUGUGUCAACAACAAAUUACCUAUGACUGCGAUCAAAUACGUAUGACUGCGAUCAAAUACUCCGGCGUAAAUGUUUGGAUAAUGUUGAAUAUUUACUUUAUACAACUAGUUCUAGUUUAGCAAGAUGCAGUUAGAUGUACUGUGAUGAUAUCAGCAAAAUUUAAUGUAUGUAUUUUGUUUGGUUCCGGUUACAAAACAGCUGCUUUGUGGGAAACAGCUCCUGACAUGAUCCAAGGGCCAUUCCCCACCCAUCAGUAAAUAUGUAUACCACAUUGCUUAUUCUUAUUAAUACAGUACCAAUCAUAACAAUAAGAUUGUGAAAAUACCACUCUAUUCAGGUUGAUAUUACAAUGAAAGUUGUAUCUGGUGUAUACAGUGGGGUGACAACUGCUGAACUCGAUAACCUUGCUGCAGAAACAGCUGCGGCAAUGACCACCAAACACCCAGAUUAUGGUACUUUGGCUGCACGGAUUGCUGUUUCCAACUUGCAUAAAGAAACUACCAAGACAUUUAGUGGUAUGUUUUUUAGCUAAUUGAUUUGAUUCCCUUUGUACAUGUUUUGAGUUUCAUUUGGAUUACAUGCUUUGAGUAGUAAGGCAAAAGAAAUAUAUUUGAGGUUUGAUGCACAAAUCUAAGUAUUAGAAAAAAUAAAGAGGUGGCUGUUUAAUUAAGGCACUUGCCCACCAUGGCAUGUAGGAGCAUGCACACCUUGGCAGACACAGGGAUCAUUAAGAUGUGCAUUUUGCUGUGCACUUUACAUUCUUAUGAAAGUACAAAUGCACAUCUCAUUUCUUUAUUCAUUUUGCCAGUGAACAAUCUAGUCCCCAUAAGCAUAGUGUUUGGUCGUUUUCCAUCACAGACCUGAUGGUAAUAUGGAGCACAAUAUAUCCCACAUGUCUAUAAAAAUGCAUAUAGCCACUAAUAUAUUUGUUGUGUUGCUUAGUGGUUAUGAAGGAUCUGUAUGAACAUGUGAACCCCAGGAAUAGAAAGCAUUCACCUCUGAUCUCAAAACAAACCUAUGACAUCAUAAAGAAACAUGAAGAUGUAAGUGAAUACUGUAUUUAGUAUGCUCUACAAUAACUUGCAGCAGGGUUUUUUUUUUCAGAACCAAGGUAUGACAAUUUGUUGAUAUACAAUAUCUGUUGAUUAACCCAUGCAUUACAGUCCAUUAGUGGAGCUUUGGUGGCGCAAAUGUCAGAGCAAGCGCCUUUCUCUUCUGAGAUUGUGGGUUAGAUCCUCACAUCAGACUAUCAUCACUUACUACUCUGGGUACUCUGCUUUCCUCCCGCAGGGAAUGUUGACAGGGUGUGUUGGGAUUAGCCCACUGUAGCUGUGCUCCAUGGUCAGACAUGAGUCAUAAGGUGGCCGCCAGCAGCGCCCUUAGUAAGCCUUCGACUUGAUCAGGUUGAACUGCAUCCUUCGCAAUUCAGUUUCGCUCCUAGCUGCAAGUAAGGACGAUUAGCACACCCCACUUUUUACUAGAACUUUACUUACUACAGAACUUACUUUGUAAGAUUAAAACACAUGGGCAUGCAGAAUAAUCUUGGUGAAUGGUUAGCUCCAGAAUAGUUUCCAUAAGCAAUGUUGAUUUUCACAUUUACAGUAUGAUGACAUUAUAUUGGGAAUUUAUUUUACAGGUGCUCAACUCUGCCAUUAUCUAUGAUCGAGACUUCAACUACACAUACUUUGGAUUCAAGGUAGACAACAUUAUAUGGCAUGUGUACAGCAUGCAUGCACAACAGUCUUGUACAAAUGUUGUGCAUGUAUUAAUUAAUAACUUGUACUAGAGCAUUGUUCUAUAAAAACAGGUUUGAAAAUUGGAUGUUUUUAGGAUUGGCUUCAUCAUUCAUAAAAUGUUUUUAGUUUGCAAGUUCUGAUGAACUUCUCUCUUAACCUUUUAACAUUUAAAGGGUUAGAAUUGUCAUUGGAUAAUUAGGGUGCAAGUUUGGAUUUGGAACAGUGACUUAAAUUACUUUACGUUAAUAAUGUGAAACCACGUUUGUUUUAUCUUGCUGUGCAUGUUUUCCAUUUUUGGCUCGGGUAACACAGCCUUCUACCUAAGACCCUGAUUUGGAAAUCUUGAUGGUAAAUAUACUUUUAUGGUUAGUGUCCCUCAGAAUGAGUUCAUAUUUUCUUUGAAAUGUUUGAAUGCAAUCAAUUUUUUAUGAUUUAUUUUAUUGCAGACAUUGGAGCGAUCAUAUCUACUGAAACUGAAUGGCAAGAUUUGGGAACGACCUCAGCAUAUGUUAAUGAGGGUAUCAAUUGGUAUCCAUGGUGAGGAUAUAGAAUUAGCCAUUCAAACCUAUAACUUGAUGUCGGAAAGGUGGUUUACCCAUGCAUCACCCACGUUAUUCAAUUCUGGCACUAAUCGUCCUCAAUUAUCAAGCUGUUUUCUACUCUCCAUGAUGGACGAUAGCAUUGAAGGAAUUUAUGAGACUUUAACAAGAUGUGCACUCAUCUCUAAAAGUGCUGGUGGGAUUGGCUUGAAUGUACAUUGUAUCAGGGCAACUGGAAGUUACAUUGCAGGGGUAAGUAUGCAAAACAUAGGCUACCUUUUUUCUACCGACCUAAUGAAUAAUGUCGUUUUGGAUGGGGUUUGGGUUGUUUGCUUACCUUUCGAACCUAUUUUUUCGUGCAUGCUUUAUAAUACAACAUGACACAAAAAAUGGUGUCCGUGUUUAGCCUUUACGUAUUAUGGCAAUGCCAAUGCACCUUUCCAGAAUUUACAGAAAGUACGUCAUUUUGGCCAUAAUUAAAUUGAAGCGUCGCAAUCAUGAAAACGAGGCUCUAUAGCCAAAGUGACGUACUUUCCGGAAGGAGCCAUUAAUCAUACUCGUUACCAUCGCUGACCUUGGAAUAAGGGGGGAAAUUUAAAAAAAAAUCUGACUUACCUUCCCUAAUUUUUUAAGGAUAUUUUAUUAGGCCUUAUUAAAACUUGCUUUACUGUAAAUGGCAUUGUAUCCCUUGUAUUUGUAUACCAAGGGCAAGGCUCAAACCCUUGAGACCUGCGGACAGAAAAAAAUCCUUCCAGUUGGAUUUUUUCGUGUGGGACGUGAAAUAAUUGUGCUUAUAUAUGUUGUGCUUAUAUCACAGUUCCAAGAAGCAUGCUUCUUUAUUACGUGUUAAUUAUGAUGUUUGGGUCGUAUUUUACAUCGUAAAAUUGUGACGAGUUCAUACAUUCAACUUCAAAAGAGUAAUCAUCACAUUUCGAAUUCGCCAUGGGCAUGGUUUACAUUCCAUUUCAUUAACUCAAAACAAAUUUACUUUUUACAUGAAACGAUUUUACGAUUUGAUAUUACUGGAACCUGCAAUCAGAACAGAAGGUUGUGAAGACGAGUCUGCCUGUGUUCAUGUUGGCAUUUUUGGCAAUAGGGAGUUUAAGCUUCACGUUUCCGGGAACGGCAAACGGCAUUUUCGUUGAACGUUUCCGUUUCAUAUUUUUCUUUCUUCCGUCGAAAGAAUAAUUAUGUAUUUCAGUUUUAAAACAGCAAGUUCAUUUACUCUUUAUUUGCCUGAUGCCGUAAAUUUUUCUUUGCCUGGCGUUUGCCAUUUCACGUAUAACGCGAAGCUUAAGCUCUCUAUUAUUCUCUUAAAAACCCGCUGAUCCUGUCAUACUCCGAUAUUUUUACUUUCGAAUUUUCAAAUUCUUUUACUUAGUUAUUUCUAAGUUCGCAUUUUAUAUAUAAAAGAUAAACAAUAUUUUAGAAAUAAAACAGCUGAUAGCGAUGAUUUAACUUAUUUAAAAGCGUGUAGAGCGAACCUAAAUGACGUCACAGCACACGUCAAUCAUGUGUAGCGUAGACAUAGUUGCUUUAGGGACCGUUCAUUAUUUAUACCCGGGGUUGGUACCGAAGAGAUAUGGGUUGGGUAAACAAGUUUUUGACUACAUCAUGGGUUGGGUAAAAAAAAUUAUGGCUGUUUUCAGUGUGACCAGAUUUGGUAAAAAGUUUUACUUUUGGUAAAAUUUCGUGAAUUUUCAAGAAAAUUUGGUAAUGAGUUUCUUUUGGUAAAAUUUUGGUAAAAUCUGAAAGGUUUGAAUUAUUAAAAAUAGUUGGUAAAAAUGUGUGUUUUUUGUUUAAUAACGUGCUCAAAGUGAUGAACAGAACUGCCAAGCCUAAGAAAUAAAGCCUUAUCAUUAGCAAAAACUGCAAUACGAUGAAAGCAACAAGUAUUUCGAGACACCUUUUGUGAAUAUUUUUUCUACUUUGAUGACGUAACUAUUGUUUUUUGGCAUUAUCAUGACGUAAUUAUUUGGGAAGCCGACAUCUGGUAAAAUUUUUCUUAAUUUAGUAAAAUUUGAACAAAAUUUUGGUAAUGACUGCUGAAAAAGUCUGGUCACACUGGCUGUUUUUCAGCUAUAAAAUAAAACCAAAAUUACCAUGCAUAUUGGAAAAUAUGUAGAAAAAUGUGUACAAUACAGUCUGUACCAAAACAGACAAUCGGUGAUUGAGGAAGAACUCUAUCAUCGAUCGGCAGGAACGCGAUUGCUUUGGCACACUCAGUGAGUUUGAGUGUGAGUCGGCUUUUAGAAUUUAGGCAACUUGAUUUCUGUCACCAUAAUCUUGUGUGUUUAAUUAUUAUGAAGUACAGUAACACAUGGGUUGGGUAAACAUUGUUUUGACCAAUGUUGAGGUUGGGUGAAUAAAAAAUUUACAGUGUUUUUCUCUUCGGUACCAACCCCGGGUAUAAAUAAGGAACAGUCCCUUAGGUGUGUAGCGUAGACAUAUAGUUGUGUAGCGUAGACAUAGUUGUUUUAGGUGUUCGAACAUUCUGAUGCUAAGUUACAGUAGUAACAGUACCUUUGUUUUAUAUACUUUCAAGACUGGAUUGAUUGUAAUUAACUUUAUUAAGCAUGAACUGUAUCCAAAAUUGUGAAUUCAACACUAAAUAUUACGCAAGACACUAUUAUUCAAUCGCGUAAGAUCUUGAAGUAUGUUUUACGAUAUAUUGUACUUUAUUGCAUAUUAUCCGCCACUAUCGCAGCUUGGAUUUACAUUUUCAGUUAAGCAAUCUUGUAUCAAGCAAUUUUAAGGGCCUUCGUUGCUAUGGGGACCUUUUUUAGCUGCCCCCUCUCAACACGCUAAACUGUACUGCAAACAUUUCAUACUUUCACUCAUUAAUAAAUAUUUUAUAUUUAGACGAAUGGUUUGUCGAAUGGAAUAAUCCCGAUGUUGAGAGUGUUCAAUGCUACGGCAAGAUAUGUUGAUCAAGGUGGCAACAAACGACCUGGUGCUUUUGCUAUUUAUCUUGAACCUUGGCAUGCAGAUGUUUAUGACUUUCUUGAUCUGAGGAAAAAUACCGGAAAGGAGGAACAGGUUUGUCGACCUUCUAUGACGUAUGCUUGAAUGUAUAAACCAUUUUGAAUGGCGGAACGGUGUUGCAGGGAAAUAUUCCUGUAUUCCACUUAAAAUCCAAUUAACUCUUUGAUAACCGACGAUAUAUUUAACCGUGAUUCAUUGUGCUCUAGCGAGGUUUAAGUACUGUUUAAUAAACUCGCAGGAGUGUUUUAUUAGGUUUAAAGCACGAGCGCGCAGCGCGAGUGGCUUUAGACCUAAUAAAACACGACCUGCGAGUUUAUUAAACAGCUUCAAACACGACUACAAACUCAAUAGAUAUACUGCCUUAUUAGUAUUCUUUAUAUAAAAAAUACUAAUGAGGACAGGCCUACAAUAGAUACUGCCUUAUUAGUAUUCUUUAUAUAAAGAAUACUAAUUAGGAGUGUUUUAUCAGGUUUAAAGCCACUGCACGUGACAUAUUAUGGUUGACAUGAUUUGCCAAUAAGCUUAUCAAUUAUUAAUGAGUGUUUUAUUAAUGAGUAUUGAUUUAUAAUUGUCACGUGGAACCAGAAUGACAUUCUGAUUUGGUGUUAACAGUAUACCACAAUGCUUUGCGAUAUCAAGAUGGCAUCGAUAAUGAUAAAGUGUUAAAGUCUGUAUAGUGUUAUACAUCAUGAAUAUAAUUUUUGAAUUAUUUCUAGCGUGCGAGAGACCUGUUCUUUGCCUUAUGGAUUCCUGAUCUGUUCAUGGAACGUGUUGAAGCGGAUGGAGACUGGUGCCUAAUGUGCCCGGAUGAGUGUCCUGGUUUACACGAAGUCUACGGGGAUGAAUUUAAGGAACUUUACACGAAGUAUGGGUUGUAUAGUAGUCUGAUUUUACACAAAAUUUGCUUGGAUUUUGCAUGCCGGCGAAUUAGAUCAUUAAAAAAACGAGGAUGUAAUGAAACUCGCAAUAUUGAUAACUUUGGCUUGGAGACAUUUUAUUUUAUUUUUUUUUUUUAUUUGCCAUUACAAACAAAACGAAUUUACAAUAUUGAUAAUACAUACACUGACACAUGGCUGGAUUAUCAUCACAGCUUCGUAGGAUAAAUCCACGGGAGCCAAUUACGAUUCAUUAGCCCUAACACACUUUUAAGUUACUUCACUGGUUACAUUUAAGUUAAAACAACAUGGUUUUCGGAGAACGUGUUCUAGAUUUCUAUUUACAUGACAUUUCACGUAUUACUAUUUGCAUGACCUUUCACGUAAUUAUACGUUUCAGCAUUGUCCGGGUCGUAGACAUCUCUAAGUAGCCCGUAAUUUCAACCAUGCCGCUAUGUUUCAAGGCAAACAACUGACUCUCUUCAAGACUUUCAAGUGGCCGCCAAAUAUUAAUAGUUCGACGAAUACUUCAUCAACAAUACUGAUACAAAUAUAAAAGCGAGUUCGCUCCUUCACCUCCUUGACAGUGACUGUGACACGUCACGAAAACAAAGUGAGUUCUUCAUGAACUUCUUUCAAAAAAGCUGCCAAAAGAAAAUUAAGUGAUUAGAGAAAACAUUUGGGUAGAUAUGCGCAACUUUAUGCAGUUACGACUUUACAAUUUUAUUUAUUCUCGAAACCGUGUUUACAAACUUGAUUAUAUUCCUAACUGCAAUAAAUUUGUACUGUACGUAGAAAAGAAUACCACAAAACAAUUUCUCGAGAUCUUUCAAAACUAAAAAACACUGAAACGAUGAAUGACUUGAUUACCAAUAAGAAUUCCCUCCAUUUACUCGCAUGUUUCAGAUAUGAAGCAGAAGGUCGAUAUAGGAAGAAAGUCAAAGCCCAAAAGCUGUGGUUUGCAAUUCUUGACUCUCAAAUUGAAACUGGUACUCCGUAUAUGAUGUACAAGGAUGCCUGUAACAGAAAAAGUAACCAAAAGGUACGAUGUCUUUUGAACUCUUAAGUUUCCCAUAAUAACAAUUUUCUAGAAGAAUUUUGAUGAAUUUCACGAUAUCUUUCAGAACCUCGGAACAAUCAAGUGUAGUAAUCUUUGUACAGAGAUUGUGGAAUACACUAGUAGUGAUGAGGUGAGAAUAUAUACCAUCCUCACAAUAGAAAGCUUUUGGUUGAUGUUACUCUGAGUGCACUUCCCCCCACUGAGACAUCUGAAAAAUUGAGGAGUUCAACACCACAACCACGUUAGAUCACAAGAUCUAGACAGAUAUCAGUAAAAGUAAUUCAGUGCAUUUUUCUCAAUGUACCAUUUGCAUUAUAGACUAAAUUUUGAUCUAGACAAAAAUUUCAUCACAGCUUGAAAGAGCAUCACAAAAUUAGUAAUAUUCCAAAGUUUCGUUGCGAAAUGUUGUAAAAUGCGGAUAAUAUAGCCUUGCGAAGUUUGCCGUUUUCAGUCAUUUUGCAUUACGCGGGGGAAAUUGACAGCCCAAACAUUUUGGGGCUGUCGAUUUCCCGUUUGUAAUACAAAGUGACUGAAAAACGACAAACUUCGCAAGGCUAUAUUAUCAGCAUUUUACAACAUUUCGCAACGAAACUUUGGAAUAUUACUAAUUGUGUGAUGCUCUUUCAAGCUGUGAUGAAAUUGUUGUCUAGGCUUGUCUAGAUCAAAAUUUAGUCUAUAUGCAAUUGGUCAAUUUUUUGCCCUACACACGAGUAAAUAAAACUUUUCAAGGAAAAAUUACCUGUCUGUACAGGGCUUUGCUAUGCAAGAUAAAUCUUUGAACACUAACAUUAAUUUUGUGAAAUGUUUCUCAGCAUAGGUUAUAUUGGUCCCCUCAGUAUAUAUGGCUAUUUUAUUGUCGGGACCUUAUUCAACAAGAUCCUGAUGGCGCCCAUCAUUAAACUGGUUUUCCAACAGGAAAAACUUGAAGGCAAUUUCAGGUAGGUUUGAAAGAAUAAGUUAUCGACCAUUUUUUUAUGCUAAUUUGUUAAUGAUUUUUUAAAUGGAAAUUUUGAGUGUAAAGUGUAGACCUUACUUGGAGCAGCUAGGAAAAAUGCAACUAUAGGCCCUCUCGCAGGAAUCCAACCUGCGUCCCUGCGAUUCCGGUGCAGCGCUCUAACCAACUGAGCUACAGAGAGACAGUUGUCGAGCUCUAACCAACUGAGCUACAGAGAGACAGUUGUCAAGCUCUAACCAACUGAGCUACAGAGAGACAGUUGUCGAGCUCUAACCAACUGAACUACAGAAAGACAGUUGUCGAGCUCUAACCAACUCAGCUACAGAGAGACAGUUGUCAAGCUCUAACCAACUGAACUACAGAGAGACAGUUGUCGAGCUCUAACCAACUGAACUACAGAGAGACAGUUGUCGAGCUCUAACCAACUCAGCUACAGAGAGACAGUUGUCAAGCUCUAACCAACUGAGCUACAGAGAGACAGUUGUCGAGCUCUAACCAACUGAGCUAUAGAGAGACAGUUGUUGAGCUCUAACCACAAGUUCAUGGUGUUCUUGUAAUAUUUCAAAUCUGACUAUGAAGACUGGACUAGAUUUCAGUUCAAGUCCGCGCAAUUUGAUCAAAAUGCGAGGACUUGAAAUCUAGUCCAGUCCGAAUUGGAGGAUUUGAAAUAACAUUUCAUUUAAAGUGAAGUGAAUUAAUUUUGAUCCAAUCCUACAGUAGGACUGAAUUAAUUUUGAUCCAGUCCUAGAACUGGAUCAAUAUACUUUACCAGGCAUCCGUAUUAUCAUGUGAGCAAAUUAAACCAACAUCGUUGGCUAAUUUACUUGUGAAUUAUUAAUGAGUUUGAGAUGUAUAUAUAGCAAAUAUUUUCUUGGUAUAAAAGAUCAUUUUCUGGGAACUGAUUUCCAUAUUUCGAAACACGAAAUUCUUGUUUACAUAAUUUAACCAAUCUAAAGUCAGUAUCAAUAUGAGGUGACGACCUUUGAUCACAAGACAUUAGAUAUUCUAUUUCUUGCCAGAAAAUUCCUGUCUGUCCAUUGAACACUUCAUGCGGAAUAGCGAUAUUUGUCUGCUGCUCUAAACAGACCAUUUUGUUAAAGAUUUCAAGCAAAUACUAACACAGACUUUCUCGAAGAACGAACACUGUAUCUACAUUGUGUCUAUAUAGCGAGGUUUACACUACAAAGCGACUAACAUCAACACAGAACUUGCUUUCUUUAUAUUACGACAGAAUGGCGUGAAAUUUAUGGCGUCUUAUAUACAAGGCUAUGAUGAGGAAAGAUUCGCAAGCAAAGUUAAUCGAAAUUUCCUCUGUUUGAUUUGCUUCAAUGUCCUUAAAGACCCGGUUCUGUGUCCGAGAAAUCAACAUUGUUUCUGUCGUGCUUGUAUUACGAAACAUCUCGAGAAUUCUCAAAGAUGCCCUACGUGUGCGGACGAACUGACGGCAGAGACUUUGGCCAAACCACAAAGGAUGAUAAAAGAUUAUUUAGAUGAAUUAAAUAUUCAUUGUGUUUACAACAACAGGGGUUGUGAGGAGAUCGUACAACUGCAACAUCUUGACAACCAUGAGGCUACAUGUGGAUUUACUCCAGCCGUUUGUACAAACCCAGGCUGUGUUGCAACUUUAAACCAGCGUGAUCUUAUUAACCACGAAAGUGAACUAUGUGAAUUUCGCAAGUUGAAGUGCCACUCGUGCGGACAAAUGGCAAAAACGUUGGCAGAUAUGGAGAAGAAAAUGGUAACGAUGGCGACAAAUGUGGCGAGUGUCGAGACAAAUGUGGCGACCAAUAUGACAAAAAUGGCGACUGUGGUUGCCAUGGAAACCCGCAUGAAUGAUAUACAUACAAAUGUGGCGAAUGUAGAGACACAAAUUGCAAAUGUGGAGAAGAACAUGGAGAGAAACACGGCAGACAUGGAAGGAAAACUCGAAGCGGUGAAUAAUGAGGUGAAAGGAUUGAAAACAGCUUUGAUUGAAGGUUUUGAUGAAAUGAAGGAUGUUCUUGUCAAGGUGGAGGACAAGAUAGAAGAAAACGUGAGAAAAGUAAGAAAUACAGCAAGUGGUGAUAAGGAAAAUAUAAUUGUUGCUGGAGGUUUUGGAACUGACUUUGUAGAGAUGUUUAACUGGCGUCAAAGAACAUGGUCGCCAUUACAGUCCUUGCCAAAGAAGCGUUAUGCAGCGACUUCAUUUGUAUACAACAAUCAUGUGACAAUUGCUGGAGGUUACUGUUCUGGCUAUGUUGAUGAUAUGAUUAGAAUGAAUAUAAACCCAAACCCUGAUCUCUCAACACACUGGAGUGACUGUCCUGUUAAACUGCCUGGUAAGUUGGUAUCCCACAGCAGUGUGCUGUAUAAUGAUCAGCUAAUAGUCACUGGUGGUUAUAAUGGAAAUGCAGUAUCUGACUGUAUUCAUGAAGUUCAGCUUACCCCUCCUUAUACCGCGAAAACCUUAUCGAGAAUGCCAGAACCAAGACUGCACCACAGCACGCAAUUAUUUGAUGAUAGUUUGUUGAUCGUGGGUGGAAGUAGAGCUGCCAAUUACCGAAACAGCCUCAGCAGUGUGGUACUGUAUGAUAUAAAGAAGAAUGAAUGUAAACAGUUGGCACCACUGCCGUAUGAAGUGAGUGAGAUGGCAACUGUGAGAUGGGGAGACAACAUCAUUGUUAUAGGCGGCAUUCACAAACGUCUCAAUCGAUUAGAUACAUUGAUCAUUUACAAUGUCAAGACUGAACAAAGUUGCAUGUUGCCACCAAUGAGAUGUAAAAGAUGGAGAUGUACUGCCGUUGUUAUUGGAAACAACAUUGUAGUACUGGGAGGAGAGGGUGAGCAAGGACGUGUCUUAAAGUCAGUUGACGCUUUCAACUUCGAAAGUUAUACUUGGCAAGAACUUCCAGAAAUGUCUCAAGCAAGAUGGUGGCACACUGCUGUUGUUGUGUGAACAAUGUAAGAAUGUUGAACUCAUUUCUUUAAGAUAACAAGUUGACUUUAAUCAUAUUAUGAACCUCUAAAUUAGACUAAAAAUCCUAUAUGGGAAGUUGUAGUAUUAUACUGUGAUAGUUUGGUAUGUGUAAUCAAAAUGAUAUUUAACCAUGCAUAUGGUAAUAUUGAAUUAAUUUUUUUAGGUCUUUCCAGACCUCAGUUAUAAUGAUGCGCUUGCAGAGACUAAACUUUCCAAACUUGGUGAAAGAUUGGAGAAAUUGAGUGGUGAUUUAUUUAGUAAUAUUGUUAAGAAUGAUAAUCAUAAAUUAGCCCAUCUAUUACCUCCUAAAGUUAAUGUAUCUCGGAACAUGAGGAAUCCUAGAACUUGUGAAAUUCUGAGGUGUUAGACAGAUCGGUUUAAGAAAUAAUUUAUAGUAAAUUUCGCUGACAUUUUUAACUGUGAUUCGUAAUUUUAUAUUUUUCUUAAUCUUGAAAAUGUAAUAUAAAUUUUACGCAAUUCAUUGUAAGAGUUUUUCAGCGUAAUUCAGUCUUUGACUGCAAAGCUGGUACAUUUUGUAAUAAACGAUUUAUAUAUAUCUGUCAUUGUCAACCGUUAAUCCGCUUUAAGAUUUUGAUAAUUUAAUUGGUAAUAUUGAGUCGUGAUACAGUAUAACAAUAUUGUUACAACCUAGUGUCGUCAACCUUGUAACAUUCUUGUUAUAUCAUACCGGAAUCGCAGGUUCGAUACCUGUCUGGGACUUGUAGUUGCAUUUUUCGCUUCUGUUUCUGGUUAGGUCUAAUAAAUGUAUAUAAAUUUCCACUCGAUAAUUUCCAUCUACAUUAUCCUUCAACUAUUCCUGAAUCGUGUGAGAUGCCAACAAAAUCUUGAUAUUUACCCAGAACUUAAAACGUGGCAGUACGCUAGUAUAUAUACAUGAACUUGUGAUUAGAGCUCGACAGCUGUCUCUCUGACACCGGAAUCACGAGGCUGCAAAGUUUAUAUUUAGUAUCCAAUCAAAAUGUCGCAGGAGAAAUUUAAAUUUCACACAACGACAACAACAAUCUAAUUAUAGCAUAGGCAGCCCACUAAACGGCUGAAUUUAAAUUAAAACUGCAAUGAACUUAUAAAAUUAACAAAAAUAAUCACAAAUUAGCGAAAUAUAUUGCAAAUGUAGCUUAUAUUAAAUCGCCACCCGAUUGCUCUCUCCUCCGCAGAGGUUUCAGUGACUACAACGAGCUUUACAUGGCGCUUGCCGUAUUUAUCAAGAAAGUGACGUAUAAUUAUAAAGUAUAUAUAUAUAUUUGCGAUUGUUUUCUAAUUUUACUGCAGUUUUAAUUUAAAUUCAGCCGUUUAGUGGGCCGGCUAUAAUUGUAGUUGUGAUCGUUAUAAAAUAUAUCAACAACAAUAGUAUAAUCUAAUUAGCACCAGCCAAUCAAAUGACAGAUUUAAAAAAUCGUUUGUCUAAUCGGCCAAUCAGCGCUCAGUCCAGAUUCUGGACUGAAUAACCAGGCAAAAUGCCGCUUUUGUGUCAGGUUACAUUUUUCACAACUGCUCCUGGUUAGGUCAUGUAAAAAUGUAUGUAAUUUGCACUCGACAAUUUCCAACUCCAAAAAAUCUCAUCAACAUCUUACUCCAUCGUGUCAGAUGUCCAAAAUCCUGUUAUUUACCCAUGAAUUUUCGUUUGAGAAUCUAUAUCGCCAUUUCCCGUUUAAUAAAAAUCAAUAUUAUAUUCAUCUUUUUUUUCAGAUUCAAACAUAUGCAGCUUCGAGUCAAUGCUGAAUCUACUGCUUUUUACCAGUAAGCUGUAUUUUAGUCUUCAGUAUUUGAGUGAGUCAUGCUUUGGAAAUGACAAUGAAUUUUUAUUACACAUUACUCACUCAACGGCGACGGUCAACGGCGAUGAAAUUUUCAGCCUGAGCUUCGGUGGUUAGCACACUCCCUCUCACCUCUAAGGCCACAGGUUCAAGCCUCAAUGAGAACUUUCUCAAUGCGACUCGAACCCAGUCCGGGUACUCCGGUUUCCUCCCACAGGGAAAGUUGACAGGGUGG